AUGGCCUUAAUGGGCUGGCCCAAAGAUCAUUUGACGGAGCUGAUCCCAUCGACCUCACCCAUGCUGAAGAAGAAGAAGAAGCCGGAGCUUCGAAUUGCUGAACAGCAACGUAACAUCCGUAGAUGUUACACGUGCGGGAGCAUUAAACACUUGCGUCCACAGUGUUCGCUGCGGAAACCGCGUCAAAGUCGGCGGAUCCGCAAUAUGUCUUCCAACCCGAAGAUGAAUACGGAGCGGUAA